GGGGCCCAACGAGGCGCUGGUGGUGUCAGGUGGCUGCUGUGGCGCUGAUGAGAAGCACUGUUUGUAUGGAGGCUGGGCUUGGGCUUGGUGGUGCAUUACUGACACCCAAAGGAUUUCCCUAGAAAUAAUGACGUUACAGCCCAGGUAUGAGGACAUAGAGACGGCAGGGGGGGUAGCUAUAACUGUCACAGGUGUGGCACAGGUGAAGAUAAUGACUGAGAAGGAGCUCCUGGCUGUGACCUGUGAGCAGUUCUUGGGGAAGAACGUGCAGGAUGUGAAGAACGUGGUCCUUCAGACGCUGGAGGGACACCUGCACUUCAUCCUAGGGACCCUGACGGUGGAGCAGAUCUACCAAGACAGGGACCAGUUUGCCAAGCUGGUGCAGGAGGUGGCAGCCCCUGACAUGGGUCACGUGGGGAUCGAGAUCCUGAGCUUCACCAUCAAGGAUGUCUGUGAUAAAGUGGAUUACCUGAGCUACCUGGGGAAGACUCAGAUUGCAGCUCUCCAAAGGGAUGCAGACAUUGGAGUGGCAGAGGCUGAGUGGGAUGCUGGCAUUUGGGAGGCAGAGUGCAAGAAAGAAAUGCUGGAUGUCAAGUUCAUGGCAGACACCAAAAUAGCAGAUUCCAAACAGGCUUUUGAAUUGCAGGAAGCUGCCUUCACUGAGGAGGUCAACAUUGAGCCUGCUGAGGCCCAGCUGGCCUAUGAGCUGCAGAGCGCCCAGAAGAUCCGUCAGGAGGAAAUCGAAAUGAAGAUGGUGCAGUGCAAGGAGCAGAUCGAUGUGGAGGAGAAGGAGGUGAUCCGGAUGGAGAAGGAGCUGAUGGCCACUGAGGCAGCCGGCCCAGGCCGAGGCCUAUCGCACUCAGCAGAUUACCGAGGGAGAGAAGGUGAAGCAAAUCCUCCUUGCUCAGGCGGAGGCAGAAAAGAUCUGCAAGAUCAGAGAAGCGGAGACUUUUGUGAUCGAGGUCAUCGGGAUGGCGGAGGCUGAGGGGCUGAAGCUGAAAGCAGAAGCACUCCAGCAGUAUGGAGAGGCUGCCAGGCUGGCUCUAGUGCUGGAUGCACUGCCUGA